GUUGUCUUUCCGCUUGUCUCAAGUGCCGGUGCGAGAUGACUACGCGCACCUCUGGACUAAGAAGGGUCUACAGCAGAAAAAGGAAGACAUCCUCAGAAUCCUCGUUGAGUUUUCGCCGUCUUUCGCAGAGCUUCUGACGAUGGAAACGAAGGAGAAAUUACUGCAGUCGCCCACCAUAGAUGGCUCUACGAAGGCUACUUGUAACGAUGCAGAAAUAGCUGAUGCCGGGGAGACUCUACUGCAUGCAGGAAAUGCUAAGGAAUGUCGCUGUCCUCCAUCUCAAACAACUUCAGUUAGCACAAAAGCUGAGAGGUAUAUCGAUUUAGUAGAGAGCAGGAGCACGAAGCAGCCGAAACGAGAUCUUCUCGAGGAGCCCUCCACAAUGACGUUUUUCGCAAACACCGUCUUGCCCGAAAUUGACGCACACUUUCAAACCGGCACCGAAAAUGUUCCUUCAAAAAACCCGGUACCUAACCAAACUCGUUUGAAGCUUCUCGGUUUUGCGUUUGAGUAUGUUCAUGCGACGACACCUACCAGCAUUCCCGGCGGCCUCCCAGACGUAGGGGAUUUUGACACAUUCAUGCAUUUCAUGCAUUUCUCGCAAAAAUGGAGAACAAGGUACGACUGGCAGAUUGCGCCAGGCAACCGGCCAGUCAUUGCUGGCGGUCUGCAUCCUGCGAAAAUUAUGAGCGCUUCAUUCGCCAAGAAAAAGAAGAAGGUGAGCUGCUUAAAGGGUAUCACCUGCUCUCGUGAAGUAGACCAGCUUGCUUAUACUCAUGGUACUACUUGUUAUUUAAUGGUGGAAUCUCGCCUUGUACCUGAACAAAUGAGUGGGCGUGUCCUUGACACCAUAAACGUUAGUUGUCGAUCAUGCGCAUCUAAGAACUUUGCAGAGCCUCGAGGAUGCCCUACAGCUGCGCAGAUGCUCGAGUGGAUGCGCACUGAGCGCUCCCCUGGACUGGCGAGUGUAAAGCAUGUUGAUGUCGGAUAUGAAGCGGAAAGGCUAGCAGUUCGACAGAAAGAGCAGCACGAGGACAUCGACAAACUACAUGUACGCACGCACGCUACGUCCUCUGAUGACGAUGAAGAGCGUGCUUUCAUGCUUGGCGGAGAGGCUGUCGAAGAACGAGCUCUCGAAGAAAAAAGCUCAUCCGAAACGAGUAGACAACUACAGAAUCCAGACAAAGAAGACCAACAACCGGCACUACCUGUUGAACUCGAUGUCCUCGUAUCCAAGAUGGUUGCUCUCGCAAGCCAAGGUCGUGAGAAGCUUGAAGGGUAUUUCAGCGAUCUUUUGGAGAAAGCAACCCUGGUGCGUCAACUCUUUCUAUAUCCGAACAAUUUGAAUUUUUUCUGGUCUGGGCACAGUGCAAUCGGCUUUACUAUUGGCGAGCGCUCAUGGGAAGGUCUCACACAUUCCAACACCGACGCCCACUUGCUCGCAAAGGAUAUGUUUCUAACGCGUCCUUCGCCAUCCCUAUACAGAGAUCGAGCACAAGAUAUUUCAUCUUCUGGAGCACCUCUAGGAGCGUCGAAAAACAGUUCCUUCCAACACCAGCAACAUGAACCGCGUAGCGGCUAUUGGCAAUUUCAGCGCGACCUCGUAGAGCAUUUGACGGAUGCGUAUUUGAACUUGCAACACACUCCGGCGUAUCUCUUCGGCUCAGGUGCUCUCGUACGAGCAUGGAAUAUCUGCCUACAUGAACCGCCAGAUUCUAGACCUUUACGCCUAUCGGAUCAGGUCGUAAUUGGCCGCCGAUGGAGCGAUCAGCUCUUGCCGUAUGUCCACGAUAUUGAACGAUCCAUGUGGUCGUCUCCAGAUUCAGACGCAGCUACUUGAGAAGCAUAGAUUCCGAUCGAAGCAGCUGUUGGUGUUGAUCUGAACGUAGCUACCCGAACGGACAAAAUUUUGUCGGCACUCCAACAUUCGCCUCUCGAAGAAGGGUGAUCGAAACAGGCACAGUCGAUGCGCGCAGUGGGACAGAGGUCCGUUCACCAGUGGCGGCUCGCUCUUAUCAUCGCUCCCGCAGGGUAUGAACACAUAUGAUCAUGCAGCAGAGGCGCUUCCCUCCUCUGCUCGUGGUAGCCUCAUUAUGGCACCCUCCGACACUACGCAAAGCGCAGUGGCCUGCGACACUACGCGAAGCGCAGUGGGUUGCGUUGCGGAUGCCGAAAACACGGAACAAGGAGAUGGAAGUAGGGAGAAAUUUCCGUCCAUUUCAUUUAAACAUCGGAGGGGCUUUAGAGUAGCGCGUUAAGGAUAUUAGGAACUCCUCCCUAUGCCGGUAUCUACGCGGAAAGUACGUAGGUCGCCCGUCUCGCCGGAGAUGCUAGACGACGACUCGGCGAGUGCGCCAGGUCGUUCUACUUUUGUGAUGCAUGGGGAGUAGACUCUUCGUCCAUCAUGAACUAUAACACGUUACUGGUGUGUAUCCAGUUUUGUGGUCAAGAUUUUUUGUCUUCUCCUUCUUGAGAAAUUCACUUGUGUUUAGUUGAGACGAGCACUUACACAGUAAAUG